CUGUUGGUCUAUGAUACUUAAAACGAAUAUACUUGUCGACCAUAUUAAUAAACUAGCUAAAUCAAAUAGGAUGUCAUCAAUAACGAAAAUCCUCACUCAAGGUGCAGCAAUAUUCUAUCUGUCGUUUGCUUGUGGGAUUUACCUGCCAAUACUGAUAAACCAGGAGCCUCUAUGGGUACAAGCCACUGGACCGUCUUGGUCCGAAACACCUGAUAUAACGAAGCAGGCUAUACUACAUCUCACUAAGGUUCAAGCCCAGGCGAUGAUCCUCAUAGCUCUAAGCAUCGCUAUCAGUGUGUUCUACUACAGCCAGCCUCGCGCUCUGUUGUUCAUAUCCGUGUUUUGGGGUAUCAAUAUAUACACGCACUUCCACACACCUUGGCCCAAUGAUGUAUUGUUUCUCAACGAGCGGAUGAAGGCUAUAACUGUGGCAGGAGUGCAUCUGCCUUCACAAGUGCCUCUCGAUAUCUUGCUAGUACUGGCGGGGCUGAUAGGCUUAUUAGGAGACGAGCAGGAGACGACUGUAGUCGGCAAAACAAAGCAAGAAUAAAACAAACCGUUUGUGGUUCCAUAUUGGGAUCUCUGCGUUUGUGUGAUGUG